CCUAGAGUGUGAUUUACAAUGGGCAACCAUGUUUGACAAAGACAUAAAAAGGGAUCAGCAAAGAGACGACAACAAAAUCGGGAAUUAACCAGGGCUGAAAACUAUCAUCUGAGCAAAUAACAGACACUGCAAGAUGUCAAUGGCUUUAGCGCUUGAACUUGUUAUCUGCAUAUCGAUACAUCAUAUUAUGGUUUCCGCCUCUGGUGAAUGCUACGCCACGUCUAUCGACCGUCAUCAGCUGAACGGUCACCUCCUGGACUCAUUCCCUGUAGAGCACAUGCAUUUCUGCUUUGAGCGCUGCAAGUCACGUGACAAAUGCUAUAGCAUCAAUUUCCACAAGGACAGCCUAGUUUGCGAACUGAACAACAGUACGAAGGACGUGAGUCCACGUGACUUUAAUCAAAACUUGAACACAGUCUACUUUGAGAAUAUUUACAGACCUUACGUACAAGACAUACGUGCAGGCAGCCUGUGUUUCAACGGAGGUACUUGUAAAGACGGGAGCCCUGUGUCUUGCGCAUGUCCACCAUCUUUCAAAGGACAACGCUGUGAGCUGAUUGACUUGUCGAGCAUUCAACUGACAGCGAAAUACUGCCAAUCGUACAAGACCGAUUCCAGCAGUCUUCAAGUCUCCGCAUUUCUAACUUCUUCCAGCAGCGUAUUCUGUCGCGUCUUUCCCAAGCUCGAUAGCGGCGGCAUCGGUCAGCAGUAUCGGGUCACUCUUGCCAUGCGCACAUGGCGGGCAGACUCAUCUAACAUGAUGUUUCCUUCGAUGAUGUUUAACGUGCAGGACGAAGACAACUUUGACAUGCUGUAUUUCAGGAUGGCUUAUAGUGACACGUGCGUCCAGCCCGCUUACACUCUGGGUGGCGACUUCAAAAGAGACGAGGGUAAAGCCAACUGUCUGCUAGGCCCUCCUCCUAUAAACAUGUGGUUUACCGUCACGCUUAGCGUCACACAAUCCUCUGUCACGCUCAUGGUGAAUGGCGCUUUCGCAAAAUCAUUCAAGCCUUAUUUCCCGCUAAAACGACAGAUUGGCUUUGGUGCCGCCAUUGGCUAUUUUACCAUAGUGCAGUUCAAGGACGUUAGACUGGAAUAGAAAACGUUUAUUUCGUAGAUCCACAAAGUGCUAUCACAUUCAAGAGAUCUAAAGGACGGGGGCCGAGGGGGGAGGGAAUGAACGAAAGGAAAAAAAAACAUAUACGAUAAAAAUAACUAGGAAAACAAAAUGCAGCCUAAACCAGACAAAAAGAAAAUACAAACAGAACAAAGCAUGUUAAUGAUUUGUAUUUAUGUUGUGAUUUGUAUAUUUAUGUUGAUUUAUGUAGAUUGUUCGUACAGUUAAAAUUUAAAUUAAAAUUUACUAAUUAAAA